AUGCCGCGCCGUUCCCUUCCCCGGGGAAUUUUCCCACUGCUGGAGACGAUGGAAUUUUCCAUUGCAACGAUGGAAGAGAGACCUACUUUCACAUUUCUUCCGUCCAACGCCUUUUCAAGUCUUGGCCUGCUCGCUGGACACAUCAGACUCGGCAUUAUCACCCGAGAACGUGCCACAAGAGGCGCAGCCGUUGACGCCGCCCCCCCUUGUUACGGGACGAGUCAGGACAAGAACGCCAAACCUUACCGCAAAGAAGCUUGUUCUUUUUCUCCUUCAGCGCUUCUCUCCUACGUCUCUACUAUUAUUCAGCGGGUGGUUGAGCUGCCGAUGCCCCGGAACAGCAGGGAAACCGAGACACGGGAGCUGGGAACCAACGACGACGCAAAGGGUGGAGGAUAG